AUGGCCUGGAUAAAACAGAUGUUUAAAUUAUCAAAAUCACCAGAUAGUUCAUCAGAUAAACAGUUAGAUAAGCAUCAAGACAAUCAGCUCACUGUUGAGAGUUCUAAUAAGCAACAAAAACCCGCUCUUUUGAGCGAUCUCGAGGUGAAUAAAAUAGUGGAUGAUUUGAUAGCCCAAAUCAACCAAAUCAACUGCGAGCUGGAAGCUAAACAACAGGCAUUGAUUCACAAAUCUGUCCAGCGUGCCGGCCAAAACACCAUUAAGAACAUAGAAAAAUACUUCGCUAUUGAAAUUGAUAAUCAAAAGGUGGAUUUAAAUUCUUCAUCAGUACAGGUCUUUGAUAUAACCUCACACGUGUCACAAUCAAAUACGCAAAACUUACACGAAUCAUCACAAGAUAACAAAAUUAUGCAAUCCCUACAGACUGCAUGCGGAAGUGGUGAAAUGAAAACUGCUAACACUGAUGAUACCCCAAUAUUUAAGGCAUCAAAUCUUAUAGCGCCUGAUACCACAGAUAUAGAUGAUAAAAAGAAGGCCCAAUGCAUUGAAUCGUGUAUGCCCACCUUACCCAAACAAAAUAUUCACAAGGAACAUCACAUCACACCUUUAGAUGAUGAUUGGUGUAUAGCAGAGACCACAUAUAUUGACCCUGUGCCUAAGGAUAUUUUAAAGCUCAAUAUUGCAGAUACUCCACUGAAAAGCUCCCAAUUGGUAGAAAAAAUAUCACCUCCCAAGAAAUUCAAAGAUAAUUGUAAAACCAUUGAACCUGAGUUAUCAAAUGUAGAAACUAUUAACGUGUCAAAAACUGAUGCAAAAUACAAACAAACAUCCCGAUUUACACCUCCAGAUUCAAAUACUUCAGUUGAUAAGUCAAAAUUAGUGCCCGAUGAGUUAUUUUGCCUGAGCCAAAACAAGUAUAUUGAUUAUUCCAUCCAACGAAAUGUAGGCAAACUCAAACCAUAUGAGCAGAAAAAAUCCGAUCAAUCUAGUUCACAGUACGAAGUGAACAAAUUGAACAUUGUGGAAACUGAGAAAGAAUGCGACGAGCAGAUUCAGAAACUCGACAUACGUAAAUUGAUACGAAGAGAUAAAACAAUUGAGGAGAUAAAUACCACUGCAAGACCUACUGAUAACUUGGACACAACCAUUGACUCUGUUGAAGAUCCUGAUAAUGUUGAUUAUUCUGCCUUUCCCUUAGAUGAAUUAUCAUCAAUACAGAUUAAUAAAUUAAAUAUAGCUAGGCACGUACCGGUACAAGAUGAGUCCCAUGCCCAACAACACGGGCGUGAGCACUCGAAGAAGAUGACUGACGAUCCACACUUUGAUAUAAACAAAGCUGAGCAACUACCACAACCAAAUGAAAUACGCCAAUCACUAGAUCAUGAUGCCACUGAUAAUAUAGAGUUAUCUUAUAUCAAUGUUAAUGAAAAAAAUAAGGUAAAAAGUGAAGUUGAAGAUCCCACGCAGCUUAUCAUAGUUAAACCCAAAUCUGAAAUUAGCGAAUCAUCAGAUAUUAGAGAUUUGGAAGCAGGCCCCGAAACGAAAGAUGAUAAGAAACAAAAAAAGAACCUGCUAGAAAUGUCACAAAACGUCACUUCUUAUCUCCGUAAUAGUAGUAACUUCCAGCUAUUGCGGAAAUUCAAUGAUUCCAUUGCAACAUUAAAGCUUUUAAUCACAUCUGAAUCGCUCCGCUUAAUCAUCGCUUCAAAAUUCAUUGGUUUGACUAUCCUCCUAAUAGCAAUAUUCAGCAACUUUUGGAUGGCAAACCACAUAAAUUAUGAGAAAUCUGGAAUUACUGGCAUUAGCAGCACCUACAUUGGAUUAUUUGGCAUAACAAGACAAGACAGCUGUAAACUUCAAGAUGGUGCAAACGUCACUUUGUCUAGGCAUCUUAUAAAUUUCAAUACAAUAUCACCCCCGUCUUCUGACAAAAAACCUGAAAAUAAUAAUUCCCCAAUGAACUACCGACCACUAAAACAAGUGUCUAGUGAAGAAUUGGAUCCAGCUGUAAAACCAGUUAGUACACCUUCAGAGGAUGGUGGGCAUAAUGUCAAAGAUACUGGUAAAGGCGAAUUCGUAAAAAAUGGCGAGGGUGAAGUAAUCCAACCCAACAAAUCUAUUGAUAUAGGUACAGUCCCUGAAGAUACUAAACUUGAAUUAUCUCCCGAGUCAGGCACUAUGCCACAAUCUGGACAAGUUCCGCCGCCAAUAAUAGACGGCGCGCCAGUGUAUGCGAAGGAGUCUGAGUUUAUUGAAAGGGCUGGCGUAUUUAGAGAUCACAGAGCCAUUGGAAAUCUAUCCAAACCACUAGCUGAAUCAAGAUCUGAAUUAUUUGGCUAUCCCUUUUACGACAUAGAAAUCAAAGGGGUUGACGAUCUCAGAUUCGCUGGUAGGCUUGCGUUCUUUUUGUUCAUGAUUUCUAUCUUCAUACUAUUAAUCACUCUACCAUUGGUGUUGAUACAAUACUUUCCAAUCUACCAUUUCUCGACAAAUUUUUCAAGGGACAGUUGCAUUUUUUUGGGAUACCUAACCAAGUUCCUAUGGGUAUCCUCACUGUUGCUACAUUUAAGUGGGUUGUUGGUGAUGAUGAUUUACACUAGAUCAUCAACUUGCGUCGAUGAGUCGGGUCGUUCCGUCCCUUCAUCCUUCAGUAGCAGCUUCUGGCUUGCAGUAUUAUCCUUCAUACCAUUAGUUGCAGCAUAUACAUUCUACGCCAUAAAGAGGAAUGACAAGUCGCCCUCCAACACAUUGGCUCGGUUUUGCGACAAUAGAUCCCAGCUUCCCCUGCAGACAAAUGAGAAUGAAACUAUAUAUGAUAUAGUGUAG